UGUAUUGUAUCCUUAAAAAAUCAUCGUGUAAUGUACAAUUUUCCCAUAUAAAUCAUCUUGUCUGAAUCCACGUGCCAUGCUGAAAAGUUUAACCUUACCACGCAGUGUUUGUCGAAUUGUUUAUUUUCUCUUGAGAUUUGGAACGUAUUCGGAAUUGAAGCAUUUGUGUCAAUAUUUGCAAAUUUAAAAAUGAAAGGUAUAAAAUUGAGCAACUACCAAGGUGACAACUAAGAGAAGAUGAAGUUCUUCGCCAUUAUUUUCCUUCUGUGCGCCAUUGUUGGACUCGCUGCGUCCUCCAGCUCGGCAACCACGACGGAAGCCUACUUUGAUGCUUCAACAACUUCGACCGCUCCAUCUCCAGUUCCGUGCGGAAAUGGGCCCCAAGGACCAUGUGGCAAAAAACUAUACUUUUUCUACUAAGAAACAAAUAAAGCAGUCUAUUCCUUAAAAAAUGCAGCGAGU